AUGUCAACAACAACAGCAACCACCCAACAACAACAAGUACACAUCACCGCACCACCCAACCAGCAAUACUCCCCCGCAGACAACGAUGCAACCUUCCAAGCAACAGCGCGAGGCGACCGCAACGGCACACUCAAACUCCGCGGCAUUCCCACCUUCACAGACCGGCUCGCCCAGCGCCAGUGGAUGAAAGAGCACAUGGCAGCUGCAUUCCGCUUCUUCGGCAAGCAGGGCUACGGCGAGGGCAUCUCAGGCCAUAUCUCCAUGAGGGACCCCGUCCAAGAAGACCACUUCUGGAUGAACCCCUACGCAAAACACUUCUCGGCAAUGAAAGCCUCGGACCUGGUCCUCGUCGACGCGGAGGGCUACGUCGUCGACGGCGGCAACCAGGCGCCUAUCAACGAGGCGGGCUUUAUGAUCCAUUCGGAGAUUCAUCGCGCGAGGCCGGAUGUCGUUGCUGCGGCGCAUACGCAUGGUGUUUAUGGGAAGGCGUGGAGCGCGUUUGGGAGGGGGAUUGAGAUGUUGACUCAGGAUGCGUGCAACUUCUACGGCCGACUAGGUGUCUACGAUAGCCACGGGGGAGUGGCACUGGCGCAGGAGGAAGGUGAGAGGAUUGCGAAGGCGUUGGGGGAGAAGAAUAUUGCGUGUAUUCUACAAAACCAUGGUCUUCUUACCGUCGGCCGCACCGUGGACGAAGCCGCGUUCCUCUUCUCCAGUCUGGAUAACUCGUGCCAUGCGCAGUUGCUUGCUGAUGCGGCUGCUGCGAAUGGGGUGCCGAAGAGGGUUAUUGAUCAUGAGGUUGCGCAGUUUACGGCUGAUGCGGUUCAGAAUCCGCACAACUUUUAUACCGAGUUCCAACCUGAGUUUGAUCUGAUUGUGGAGGAGUCGAAUGGAAGGGUUCUUCAGUAG